ACAAUGACUAGCGCUUGUCCGUCCAUACUUAUACCGCAAUUCACGUAUUGACACAAAAGUCGUCUUAUAUUUUUUGUUAAAAAAAGAAAGAAAAAAACCAAACGACUCAAAAUUGUUGAAAAAAAGUACGAGAAUAAUCACAAAAAAAUUUAAUAAAAAAACUUACCCCAAAUAGAUUUCCACAUUGCAAACUCGAUCCACACCAAAUUUACUUGCAAAAAAAACAGAAAACCUUCAUCAUCAUCAAACAAUGGCCGGUGCUACGAAAAUCGAGCGAGCACAAGAACUCUCCACCCGCAGUCCCCAACACGGAAUCGACUUUCUAAACAAAAUUGUUCGCGAACAAGAAGUCGCCGAAAACGACGAAGAACUCAUUCGCAUCAAAGAACAAGGAAUCCAGCAAUUGGGUGAACUCUACAAACAAGAUGGCAAGGCCAAAGAGUUGGCUGACCUCAUUAAGGUAACCCGACCUUUUCUCAGUUUAAUUAGCAAGGCAAAAGCUGCAAAACUGGUAAGGUCCUUGGUUGAUUUGUUUUUGGACAUGGAGGCUGGCACUGGCAUCGAGGUGCAACUCUGCAAAGAUUGCAUCGAAUGGGCCAAGCAGGAGAAGCGAACUUUUCUGCGUCAGUCUUUGGAGGCCCGUUUGAUUGCAUUGUACUUCGAUACGGGCUUAUACACUGAAGCCUUGCAAUUGGGCUCACAGCUGCUCAAAGAACUGAAGAAACUCGAUGAUAAAAAUCUGCUUGUUGAGGUACAAUUGUUAGAAUCCAAGACCUACCAUGCAUUAAGUAACUUGCCCAAAGCUCGAGCCGCUCUGACAUCCGCUCGCACUACUGCAAAUGCAAUCUAUUGUCCACCAAAAGUACAGGGCUCUCUUGAUCUGCAAUCUGGGAUAUUGCAUGCCGCAGACGAACGUGAUUUCAAGACCGGAUUCUCUUAUUUCUAUGAGGCGUUUGAAGGUUUCGACAGUGUGGACGCUGGUCGCGCUUUAACCGCACUCAAAUACAUGUUGCUUUGCAAGAUAAUGCUGGGUCAGUCGGAUGAUGUUAAUCAGAUAAUAAGUGGAAAACUGGCCAUUACAUAUUCCGGAAGGGACAUUGAUGCAAUGAAAUCUGUUGCAGAAGCAUCGCACAAGCGUUCUCUAGCUGAUUUCCAACAGGCUCUGAAGGAUUAUAAAAAAGAACUUGCUGAAGACGUUAUAGUGCAGGCACAUUUGGGAACACUAUACGAUACGAUGCUGGAGCAGAAUUUAUGCAGAAUCAUUGAACCAUAUUCAAGAGUGCAGGUUUCACACGUUGCUGAUUGUAUUAAGCUACCCAUGCCACAAGUCGAGAAGAAAUUGUCACAAAUGAUCUUGGAUAAAAAAUUCAGCGGUAUUCUUGAUCAAGGCGAAGGCGUACUUAUCGUGUUCGAAGAAACCACAGUCGACAAGACCUACGAACGUGUUCUAGAGACAAUUCAAAGUAUGGGCAAAGUUGUCGACACGCUCUAUCAGAAGGCUAAGAAGCUUUCAUAGAUGUUAGCUCUUUAAAACGGGGAUUGAUUUCUUAUAUUAUAAAAAAAAACUUUUGUUCUGUUUAUUGUGGGAUAUUAUCGAAUUCUUUACCGAAAAAAAAAACAAAUAAAAUAACAUAAACAUUUUUUCCUUUCUUCUGUCCGAAGUAUAACUCUUCAUUAAUAUUAUUUUAUUAUUUUUUAUAAAAUCAAAUUUGUUUGUUAGUUAAAAUAUAAUAAAAUAUAAAAUUCACACUUUUAAUAUACAAUUAAUCAUGAUACUUUUUCAAAACACUUUGAUGUUUAUAAUUUUGUCAAAACAAAUAAACAAUUUAAUUUUUUUCCAAUGUGCAACAUAACAUACAUACAUAGAAUUUUUCGGCUGAGAGUUUACAUCAAAUUAUUAUCAUUAUAAACCUAAUUAAAAACAAAUUUAACAA